AAUGCAUCUACACUAAACACUUGUGCCUGGACGGGAGGCAGAUACACUUAGAAAUUUAUGACCCUUGUUCACAGCGGGGGAAGCUCUCCCUCACAGAUGAGCUCCACUGGGCUGAUGGAUUUAUCAUUGUUUACGACAUCAGUGACAGAGCAUCAUUUGCAUUUGCAAAAGCAUUGCUGUAUAGGAUCCGAGAGUCUCACAUAGGAGCUUGUAAAAAAAUGAUCGAGUCAUCGGUAUUUUUGGUUGGUAAUAAACAGGAUUUAUGCCACAUGAGGGAAGUUGGCUGGGAUGAAGGACAGAAGCUGGCAAUAGAUAACAAGUGCCAAUUCUGUGAACUAUCUGCAGCAGAACAUUAUCAGGAAGUUGUAGCAAUGUUCACAAAAGUCCUGAGGAAUAUCACCUCCAAUUUCAAAAUGAAGGAGAAGAGACGACCAAGUGGAUCGAAGUCAAUGGCCAAGUUGAUCAACAAUGUGUUUGGGAAGAGAAGGAAAUCUGUGUAAAAGAUGGUUAGUUUUGAAGUAGGAACAAGCUGAAAUAAUGGAGCAGAGGCAGCUCUUGGGAUUCAGUCAAUUUCCUCCAAAGGUCAAUGCCUCAAGGAGUAAGAUGGUAGAAAACAAAGGCGGAAGAUAGUAUGGUCAAGUGAACAGAGUCUAGACCUAGAAGACCUGACUCUCUAUUUCCAGUUCUACUACAGAUUUACUGUGUUAGGGCUAUGUCACUUAAACUCUAAGCUGCUCCUCUUUUUAUCUUGUAAGUUCUUCAGGGGAGAUUUUUAGUCUGCAUUUAUUCAACACCAACACAGUCUUGGAUAGGGCUUCUAGGUGGCAACUGAAGUAUAAAAAGUUAUUUCCAAUAAA